ACAAAACGGAAAGCUUCUUCUCAAGGAGUUGCUGUGCUGCCCCAUGGCCUUCCCUGUCCUAUCCCGGACCACUCUGGUGCUGGAAAAACCUGAUCAUGUCUUUUUCAGUCAUCGCCCCACAGCGGACGCGCCUUUAGCUGUUGCUAUGGAAACCAUGGGUACACAAACAUGGCGGACACCAUCGAGCGCCGGACGUCUUUGCUAAACUAGCCGCUGUGUGUUUGUAGGCUCAUCUAAAGCAUCGUUUAGUCAUUUUAACUUCACGAGUGGGCGCACACACCAUGCAAGACGAACCAGAGACGCGAGAAACAUCGCGUCCCGAUCCGUCCUCCGACGCUCACAGGCCCGCGUCGGGACAGUCACAGGACAUUUCUCAUCUGUUAGCGAGCGCUUUUAAGGACCUGUACACAAGAGACAUCAUCGGGAGAGACACUUUGUCCAGCCUGGUGAAGACCAACAAGGGGCGAAGCAGCCACCAUGACACAUAUGUUGCAGAGUUGCAGCAGGCUCAUUGUGAAUACGACCGGCGUAUAAAAGAGGCCGACAUGCUGGAGAGUCACAUCAUCCAGGCCAGAGCGCGGGCGGCCACCGCAGAAAGCGCGGCCUAUGAGAGAAUGAAAGAGGAGAUGGGGGGUGUUCGGGAUCCCCGGACCCUUCUCACAGUCAAUUCCGCCUUUUCAUGGUGUGUGGACAAUGAUCUUCUCAAAAUGAACGGCCUGAUUUCCCCCCAGGACUACUUACCUACACAAAAACCACAAUAUAGAGCCCCAGCACCAAUAAAAUCGAAUCCCGCCAAACCUACCAUCGCCUACGCCAUGCAUGUGUCCAAAGAGCCUCAGGAUGAUGGGUAUACUCUAAUGCCCAGCCCAGGAAAGGUCGUCCAAGGAAUGAACGAGUCAAAACGCAGCCCGACUCUCGACUCCAGCUCAGAUAUCGCAAAGAGUAAGAAAUCUACCCGAGAGAGGGCCGACCGGUCUAAAGCCAGGCCAAAGUGGAAGGAUGAGCCAAGCGCAGUGGAUCGGGCAGAGGGAUGCGAAAAACUUCAGAGGCUGAAAGAUCGCCAGAACUUCCUACGCAAUCCUCGCUUCCUUCCAACGAACGCACAGCAGGGUGGCACAUCCCUCGUCCAUCCCAGAACAAACUAUAACUAUAGUAACAGAAGCUCGGCGGAAAAUCCUCCCCCAGCCUUUCUGGCAAAGCCUUCAGAGGUGCUUUUCACUGACUACAGUGUGGGACACGUUUAUGAGACCACUCUGGAGCUGAAAAACCUGACUUCGGCGAGCCGCACUCUCCGAGUCAUCGCUCCUACCACUCCUUACUUUUCUAUUGGCCUGGGGAGAUUCCCUGGUGAGGGUGGUGUGGUCGCCCCAGGGAUGAGUUGUAAGUACACGGUGCGCUUCGCUCCGGAAUCCUUGGGGGACUACGAGGACCAAAUAGCGGUGGAGACCCAUGCUGGACAACGUUUCUGGGUUCCCGUCGCAGCCAGAAGACCCCCCCCAAUACUCACACUGCCAAGAGUUCUGGACUGUGGUUGUUGCCUGAUCGGAGGAGUGCGAUUUGUUGAGUUCUUGUGCCGAAAUGUAGGCUUCAGCGCCGGGACCUUUUGCAUCAUCCCAAAGAACCAGUGGCCAGCCUCGAACCUCAGGUCCGUGGCAAGGACUUUUUUCUGUGAGCAGCCGCCGUUUGCAAUCGGCCCGACUCUUUUUGCACUUCAGCCAGGAGAGGCCACUGUAGUGGAGGUGGCGUUCUUUCCCAUCGCUGCCGAGAGGAGCCGUCAGGCGUUCACUAUUGUGUGUGACAACUGCCAAGUGAAAGACAUUUCCAUUGAAGUGCCUGUAUUCCUGCGUCUCCCAGGUGAGGGCCAGCUGAUUGCACUCCAGCUUCUGUCUGUAUCUGGGAGGAAGGAGCCCCCUGUGGUGGCAGAGGUGCAUGACCUCACUGCGGAGCACUUUGUCCGCUUCGGCCCGUGUAACCCUCACUCUGUGCAAGAGAAGAAAGUCACCAUUAGAAACAAUGUCCACUUGGAGCUGCCUUUCCACUGGCAGAUCGUGAAGCCAAAGCUGCACCCAUUCCUUCCCGGGGAAACCCUGGAGUCUUCCCACGUCCAGGUCCACCUGGCCGCGGACAAGGUUUUCCAUGUCAGCCCCCUGACAGGAGUCCUGCCCCCCUGCCAGGAUCAAGAGUUUUUAUUCACCUUCUGCCCUAAACAAUUGAAGGAUUAUCACAGUGUCUGUCACUUAGUCCUGAAGGAUGUUCCCCAUCUGCCACCAGAUUCCACUGACAAUGGUGUUCUUCAGCCCGUGCGCAUCGGGGCUACCGCGGGCGAUGUCAUCGCCAUGGAGAUAGAGGUGAAGGGAUCAACAGAGCCGUACCAGGUCCUACUGGAGCCCUACGCUGUUAUUAUCCCCGGGGAGAUUUUUAUUUCCUCCACCACCCGCAGGAAAUUCAAGAUGUGGAACCACAGCAAAACCUGCAUCUUUUUCCAAUGGGAGAGAACGAGCAGCAGCAGCCACAUAAUGGAAGUGGAGCCCCCUGCUGGCAGCAUAGAGGAAAACGAGUGUUUCGAUUUCGACCUGAUCUUAAGUGGCGGGAAACCAGAGAAGGUUGUGACCAGCGUGGUCUGCCACAUAGAGCACCGCCACGAGCCCGUCACUCUGCCCGUCGAAGUCUGCUUUAAAGGUCCCACAUUGACCCUCAGUGUGCCCAGUGUGGACUUUGGGCUCAUGAAGCUCGGGGAGCAGACACACACCGCCGUGCUCCUGACUAACGUCACCCAGCUGGAGGCCUCCUGGACACUGAAGGAGCGGUGUGACAGUCAGCAGGACCACCAGGACGCACAGGUCUCAGUGGAACCAGGCGGAGGAGUGCUGCUCCCCUUGGCCUCUCGCAGGGUGGAGGUGCGAUUCCGUCCUCGCGUCUGCCAGCGGUAUGAAACAGAGCUGGAGCUGGCGGUGGAGAAUGGAACCGGAUGUCACCUGACGGUGCGGGCGGAUGUGCACUCCCCCCGGGUGUGUCUGCUCAACUGCCGGCUGCUCUUCUCUGGACUCCACGUGGGAGUUCCCGCCGAGGCCAGCGUCACUCUCUUCAACCAGACCCCGCUGCCCUCACGCUUCAGCUGGAUGGCUCAGCUCCAGGGUAAACAGGCCCAGAUGUGUGCAGCCAGGUUUGAGCCCUCUUCUGGCACCCUGGGGCCUAAUGUUAGUUUGCAGAUCCGAGUACAUUUCAUCUCUCACACAGAUCUGGAUCUGACUGAGGUGGCUGCUCUCUGUGAAGUCCAGGGGAUGAGUUCUCCUCUCGUUGUUGCAAUCACGGCUUCCAAAACCCAAACUCUCAGAGUGUCCUACUCACUGCCCACAGUCUGCUCUCCUCCAGAUGGAGGCAGCCCCUCGAAACUGUUGCUUGACUUUGGCGGCGAUGUCAUCUUACGCCAGGCCGUAACCAAGCAGUUAUUGAUAACCAAUGAAACUGCCAUCGCUGCCCCUUUCCACAUAGAGGCGGAUUAUUUCACCGGCCGUGCUUCGAAGCCAGAUGUGCGGUCAGAGAAAAGAUUGAGGUACGUGAAGAAGCCCCUUCACUCUGUUCAAGCCCAGAAAGAAGCAGAAAAAGCACUCGAGGAGUUUGUUAGCGGCCUGCUGGCUCACGGAAAAGGCGCAGCGUUCUUUGUCCGGCCAGACUCCGGCAUGCUGGGACCUUUUGAGACCCAGACUGUGGAUGUCACCGCCUACACGGACAUGUGGGGCGAAUACAGAGAUCACCUCGCGUGCAAAGUGGGGGACCUCCGGCCCACGUUCAUUCCCAUGCAGAUGACGGUGACGGGCUGCCCGCUCUACUUCCAAGCGACAGGCCCACGGCCACACAGACAGAAGCAGGCUCCAGUAACGCAGUUUGGCACUCACGUAUCCGGGGGCAACGCGGCGUCUCGUUCUCUUCGCGUCAACAAUCCGACCACGUUCGACAUUCGCUUGGACUGGGAGACAUAUAACGUAGAGCAGAAUGACGAUAAACUGGUGGACCUCGUGGUGGCGUACGGAGACGCAUUCCCAGUUAAAGAUGCUGAUGGCAACGAGCUGUUAAGUGCGGCCUCAAGCGUCUCUGGUGGGAGCGUUCAAACAGCCCGGCAAAGAAAUACGACCCCGGGUUCUGAGGGGACGAGCUCCUCCGUCUGUAGCGUGGCCCGCGAGGAAGAGGAGGAACAUGUGUCCGAGGAUGACUGCGGUGAAGAGGAAACCCGUCUCUAUCCCGCUCCUGCGAAGAAGAAAUUGAUCUCCGUUCGCAUCAGACCUCACGUGGGGACCCUCUUGGAUUACCCAUACUGCCUCACACCCAAGCAAAUGGUGAUUCCGGCAAAGAGCAGCAGCACCAUCUGUGUGUCUUUCACUCCUUUGACUGUUUCCGGGUCGGGUUGCGAGGUCACAUGUGCGGGCCUGGCUCUGGGCUUCAUGAGUCUGGACUCCGAGGCGGCGGCCUGCGUCCCGGGUAAAGUUGGAAGAGCGCAGGGUUUGGAUUUGGACCCUGUCAGAAUGAAUCUACUAGCAGCCAUUAAGCCUGCAGCGCUGUUGGUGCAGAUAGACGAGGACGACGGGGUGCUGGGCUUUCACGCCUCGGCAGGUGAUUUAGUGAGAGCAGAAUCAGAGGAGCUGGUGGUUCGUGAAUUUGACACCACGCGGGGCUUUCGGUUGAGAAACAACUGUGAAAUGGCCCUACACUUCAGGCUGGAGACUCAGCCUCCCUUCAGAGUACUCGAGCAGCAGCUUCAGCACCGGGCCGGCGCCCGCAGCAACCCACCGACCUUUGACAGCCGCUUUCUGGUGCUUCACCCUCAGCAAAGCAUGCAGGUGACGGUGGCCUUCCGCUGCUCCCUGCCCCUUCUGGAUCAUGCAGACCAGGCAGGCGAGGAGGCCCCUCCUGGGGUGAUGCUGAUCCAGUGUGCAAGACGGGGAAGGAAGCUGAAGUUCCAGCAGAACCUCUUUAUUCUCCACAGCAGCAACAGCCUGCAGACGGUGCCCCUCUGCGCCCAUUUGUCGCUCGCCACAAUGCGACUGUCCAGGGAAGGCGUGGACUUUGGGUUCUGCUACGUGGGGCAGACACGGAUAAUGGAAGUCAACCUCUGCAAACACGGAGCUCACACCUACUGGGAAUCCGUUAUAGAGGCCGAGCAGGGAGACUCUGGUGCGUUCAGUGUGACUCCAGACUUUGGGCUUCUCGGCUCAAAGGAGCUCCACGUCACCAGCUGCAGUCAGUGCCUCCAGAUCGGCUUCGCUCCCAGUGAGGACAGAGAGUUCAGGGCCUCUGUGGUAAUCCGGUCCCGUCUGGUGAAGACCCCCCUCCGUCUGCAGCUGCAGGGAGCGGGAUCCUAUGACGAGGUCUACAGGUCCAACUAGAUCGCAGACACGCGAUCACCGCCUGCUCUCCCCAAAGCAACCGGUGCAUUGGUUCUUAUGCAAGAAUGUGAAUAAAUAUGAAGAACAACUA